AUGUUAUCUCUAGAACAAAUCGAAAAAUCCAUUUUAUUUAUGGAUGAGACUUAUGAUGCCAAUUUUGGCGAAUGGAUUAGGAAUGAAGAUAAUUGUAGGAUAAUAGCUUAUAAUAUGAAAAAGUACAUUGAUAAAUAUUCUGUAUCGAAUAUGAUUGUAGUAAUAAAAUGGAUUGUUAAAGAUUGGACACUAAAAUCAAUAAUAAUUUUUACAAAAAAAAUGUUAUUUGAAGAUAUAAAAAAUUUUAUAUUUAAAGAGUCAGAUUUAGAAAGAAAAAAAUUUCAUAAUAGAAUUAAAAUUGUAAGUGGUCUUAUUUAUACAUGGAAUUCUUUAUUUAUUUCUGAAUUUAUAAUAGCUACUACUAAAAUUUUUAGCAUUGAAGAAAAAUCUUAUUUAUUAAAAAUGAUGUUAGAAAGUUUUGACCAAAAAAAGUUUAGUGAAAUUAUGGAGCAUUUAGAUAAUAAAAUGGAAUUUAGUGUUAAAAGUGAAUUAUCUAAUAUUUGUGGUACUAAAAAAAGAAGACCAAAAAGAUCUAGAAGUAUAAUAGAAGCUUAUAAUGUAUCUUAA